AUGAUCAACGAUAGAACCUCGAAAUCAGAUGUGGAUGACUUUCUUACGCCAAUCCCAACUGAGACUAUACCACAAUUAACAGACAAAAAAGUUACUAAACAACGAUCAAAGAGACAUAAGCCAAUCAAAUCAUGUACAUUUUGUAGGAAAAGAAAAUUAAAAUGUGAUCAACAGAAACCAAUGUGUUCUAGUUGUAAAUCGCGGGAGAUGAAUGAAUGUAUAUAUUCAGAUUUAAUUGCUAAAGCUACUACACCAAGUGGCCAUCGUACCGCAAGAACAACAGAUGCUGGCAUUAAAGACAAUUUAUCUUCAGAUAAUCUUGUGGGAACUAUGAAAUACCAUCAAAUGAAGACAUAUGAUAGUAGCUCCCCAGAUAAACCAAAUAGUCCCACAACAAGUCGUAUAUCUACCUAUGAAGGACCUAGCCUUUCCGCAAUCGAUCACAAUGUUACUGACAGUGUUACAAGUAGCUCAGGAUCUGCUGUAGACGAUAAAAUACCAAAUCCUUUUAGAAAUUAUUAUUAUAUUCAAUGUAAAGAGAAUGGGAGAACAAUUACAUAUGGGCCUACGUCACUUCGUACAUUUAUAAUGAGGAAUAAUUGGGGUUUCAAGGAUAAAUAUAUUCAAUUAUGGAAAAAAAUUAAAGUAGAGAGAAAUAUUUGGAAGAAAAAAUACAUGACUAAUAUAAAGACUGAAUUAGAGUUCAUGGAACUUACAAUUGGCGACUCUGUCUCUAUACUUAAUGAUGUUUUGCCAUGUUUACCUGAUUUUGACUCCAUUAAAGGUUACAUUAACGAAUUCUUUGAUGAGAAAAAUAGCAAUUUAUAUGAAAUGAAUACCUUCUUAGAUAAGAAGAAAAUCCUUAUUGAUUUGGAAUAUGCAUUCGUUCAAGAUCGUGAGGGAACAGUUAUUCAAUUAAAACCUAACGGCAAGAAAAAUUAUUUUAAAAUUGCUGUGAUUUUAAUGAUCCUGGUGUUUACAAAAUUCAGACAUGACGUUCCUGUACAAAUCUUUAGAUUGGUUAUUUACUUGACAGGAUUGCUCUCUCCGAAGACAAGUUAUAUUGAGAAAGCACAGUUUUUGUUACAACAAAUUUUCUACAUUUCAAGUUCUUCUCGGAAGGGCGAUGAAACAAGUUUAAUAGGAAUUGUAGGCCAAUUGACGGCUUGUUCUAAGACACUAGGUUUAAAUCUGAAUAUUAGGGAGAUUUAUAAAAAUAAAGAUAUGACUUGUGGUAGCUGUGACUCCAUUGAGAAUUUGUGGACUUGGGUGUUAUUUUUUGAUUUUGAAUUAUCCCUUAGAAUCGGUAAAAAUUUGGAUAUUGAUUUGGAAACAUUUAACGAUAUUAAUUAUGAGGAAGAGAGUAAUUUGGAAUUAUAUGGUACCGUAAUGAAUAAUGAAUUUGGUCUAAACAAAAUCGAUUCAAACCCAAAAUUUUGUCUAAUUCCGUCAAGCUUGGAUACUUUCUUAAAUAAAAGUAAUACAAGUAGUCCCAAGGAUACAUAUCCAGCUUUCCCAUCUACUGGAGCCGGGAAAGGGAGAGAUUUCACAAAAGAAGAUUCAUUCUUUGGUAAGAUGAGAAGAUUCUUAUUUUUAGUAAGGCCUAUGCUUGGCGAGUUUUACAAAAAGACGGGUACACCCAAGGUGGUCGAACAUGGACAAGUCAUCCUCAAAUUUUUGGAAGAUGAAUUAAAACCUAUUAAGUAUGCCACUGAUCCAGAUUUAAUCUUAGAACUUACGUUUGGAGAAAUUAGACUUAUGCUAACAGUCUUAGAUAUUAUCACAACUUUCUAUUCUGUAGGGUUUGUUUUGUUAAAUCAAAGAUCUUUACUCCUAAAGAAUAUUUCAAUCCAGGCACACCUUUUAACUUUCUCUAUUUUCAAAACAUUUGUGAAUCACUGUUACAAAUUAGAUAAAAAAUAUUUUCCAGAAACUGUUCACCCAUCAUACAAUACUUUACCUCCGUAUUUAACUUCUUGUCUGGGGCUGUCACUUCAUCCUGUAGUACAAUCUCUAGGUAUAUUUUAUGCAUUCUUUUUUCUGAAGGCAACGUUGUUUGAAAAUGGUAUAUUUGUCUCUCAUGAUAUGACAGAAGUUGAAUGGGAUAUGAGUUCAUUUAGUGUACCAACAGAUAAGUCGAUUUCUUUAAUUACUACAUUUAAUAUGUACAAAAAAAUAUUCGAGGGCUGGAUAAGUUAUGAUAAAUCCAACAAGCAGGGAUUUGAACUAAAAAAUAUAAUACUGAGGUCAUAUUCUGGUUUAAUUCUGAUAACUUUGGAAAAGACGUAUAGAAUCAUUGUUGAAAAAGCCUUAGAACAUAGAAGGAAGAUAGAAAGCUCAUGGAUAUUGCAAGGGUUAGAACAAAAGUCCGGAACUUCUCCUGGUUUUCAAUGCGAAUUCCCACCUAGCUCACAUAUAACGGAGACAAUACGACGUAGUCAAGAAGGAUCGGUCAAUGUCAGUGCAAGGCAAGCCUAUCAUAGUUACUUACAGUAUCAAUUCCAACUUGAAGAACAAAAUCAAAUCAAUGAACUUCAAAAACACAUUGAAAUUUUGAAUAAGAAGGAUGAGCUGCCAUUAUCAAACAAAAAUAACCCAAAUGGUAAAAAUAAAGAUGCUGAUAAUGGUAUUAACACCGAAAAUAAUAAAGAACCUACAAUUAUAUCAAGUACUGGAGAAAAGAUGAAUGCUGCUGAGACAGAGAUAGCACAGAAAUUGGUAGAUGAUUUUUGGUCUAGCUACAACAGUGGGUGGGAGAAAUUAUUAAAUGAUUCUGAUACAUUAUUUCAGGAUUUUGAAAAUGAAUUAUAA